UGUAAGGUGUAAUAGAUAUAAAAAUAAAAUAAAAUAAUUAAAUGUAUUUUAUUUAAAUAAAUAAAUAAUUUCCAACGACCAACAAUAACUAUAUGCUCAAUUAUACCCAUCCAUCAAUACUAGUAUAAUCCAUUAAAUGCUAAUGUCCACUAAUUAUAAUUCAGAGUAUAUACUUCCCACGAUGUCUGCUAGUUCAACAUCAAAUAGUUCUAAUACAAACAAUACAAAUACUUCAAAUACAGGCUCCUCCACAAUUCCUUCCUUAUUGCCUAUCCCUUCUUCUUCUUCGACUUAUUCCCUAGACACCAAGUCUAAUGGUUACACUAAUAGUACUACUAGUAGUACCAGUAACAGUAAUUACUCUGGAACUCAGCCACUCCGUUCCAUAUACAUGAUGAACAAUGCCGGUACUAGUUAUAAUCAACAGGCACAACAAGCACAACAAGCACAACAACAGCAGCAACAACAACAACAACAGCAACAACAGUUUCUUCACUAUCCCUCCAGGAAUUACUUGCAACCCUUAAAUAAUGACUACUACUACUCGUCCUAUUACUAUCCACCGGGAACUCCCUCUAAUACCAACACAGCCAAUAAUUCCACUAGCACUAGUACUAGCACCAGUGCCACGAAUACUGGCAAUAAUACCAAUAAUAAUAACAAAUUGGGAUAUUAUCCAACAAACUCAAACAGCUACUUGCCAAUUUUUCCUUCUACCACUAUAGGUGCUAAAACAUCAAACCCAACGACCAAUACUAGUAACAACAGUUAUCCUAUAUCACCGGUAUCUAUUCAAGAAAUGAAUCGUGAACAUUCCCUCUCGAUAUCGAACCCAGCUAAUCAGUCAGAUGUCAAUCAUGAAAACUUACCCAUAGAUUAUUCUUCGAUUGUUUCGUAUACUGUAUCUCCCUCUUUAAAGAGGAAAAGAAGAAAGAGAAAAGAUGUUAAUGAUAUUGUUGCAUCUAUAACACAAUCCCAAUCAACCGCUAACUCAUCUGUAUCGGCCUCAAACAGUUCGAAUUUGGAUGCGGGAGAAAUGGAACUGUAUCCCUGUGAAAUCUGCUCGAAAGUAUUCCAAAAGCCAUACAAUCUUAAAUCACAUAUGAAAACCCAUUCCACAGAAAAGCCAUUCAAAUGUUCACAUUGUACAAGAACGUUUGCUAGAUCGCAUGAUAAGAAACGUCAUGAACUCUUGCAUAAUGGUGUUAAGAAUUUUAAGUGUGAAGGAUAUUUACAGGAUGGAGUUACUAAAUGGGGCUGUGGUAAGAAAUUUGCUAGAAGUGAUGCCUUAUCUAGACACUUUAGAACUGAGACAGGUUGGUUAUGUAUAAGGCCUUUAAUGGAGGAGGCGAAGAGGUUAGAAGAUAUGAAUAAGAAUGGAGUGAAUAGUAUCAAUAAUAGUGGUACAUCUCUUCCACCAUUGGCUCCACCUCAUCAUCUUCAUCUUCCUCCUCAUGUAAUCCCACCUCCAGCACAUUAUCUUCCUGCUUUACCACAAUUAGGAUCAGGGCCAAUUCAACUUCAGAGUUCAACAUUGCCACAGUCAUCAUCUCAGCAAACAGAGGAUCAAAACAGUCUGUCGUCAAAUUCCAACAAUUCUGAGUUUGAUAGUUCUAGUUUUAUCAGAAAGCUUAUACAGAGUAAGUAGAGUACUGUUCAGACAUAUUUAUAAAUGUAUAGUAAGUAUAUAGUACAAUAGUGCAGUAAUAUAUAAAAGACAACAUAUUGAGGAUUCAGUAUAGGAGUAUAUU